CAGCAGGACUGGAGGCAACACUGAGCACCCUCCCCCGCUGUGAGAUGGGCUGCUCUUCAGACCACCUGCCCUUCCAGCCACCACCCCCCGCACCUUCCGACCAGGACGGGGUGCUGCAGGACCGGGUGCCCAAAACAGCUGAAGCUCUGUCCACCGUGGAGCGCCUGGCGCAGGCCACAGGAGGCACAGAGAAGUCCUGGUACCGCUGCGUCUUCCCCUUCGGCCUGAUCUCACUGGUGAUCGGGGUCGCGGGCACUGGCGUCACCUUCACCUUCAACACCCUCUCAGAGACCAAGGUGGUGUCAGUGGUGCUGCUGGGGGUGGGGGCGGGGCUGGUGCUGCUGGCUGCAGCCUGCUGGAAGAUCCACAGGAUGAAGAGACAGAGAAAGAAGGAGGGGGGGUCCUUCAGCUCCGAGCAGUGCGCGCUGUGACAGGGAGAGGUGGGGAGAGAGACAGAGGAGAGACAGGAGGAUUGAUCUACUCUCAGCUCUCUGCCUCCCUCUGUGGAACUGCAGAACCCAGCGAACCUGCAGCCUGCAGCUGGGACACAGACAAGGGCAGGCGGCAGGCAGGAGCAGCGGGCCAGAGGGAAUAUUACUGACACACAUACACACACACACACACACACACACACACACACA